AUGCAUAAACGAUACGUCUCCGUUCUUUUCUUGCUCUCCACCCUAGCUGCCGCCUCCCCGGCUACCCCGGGCGGGAAGAAGGUCGCGGCGCGGCAGGACGAGCUGCCCGUCAUCGACCUCCCGUACGCGUCGUACCGAGCGGUGCGGUACGACGACGAUAACGACAUUUAUGUCUUCAAGAACAUCCGGUUUGCGGCGCCGCCGGUCGGCGACCUGCGGUGGGCGAAGCCGGCUCCGCCGCUGAACGAGACCAGCAAGGGCGUCCAGGACGGGAGCUUCGGCAACGAGUGCGUGCAGGCGGCGCCGAACGGACUGAACCUGAUCGGCACCGGAAACCAGUCGCCCAUCGGCGCGGCGAUUAACCAGUUUCUCGGUGGGAUCCCGCUGCCUAUAUUUGAGGGCGGCACUGAAGACUGCCUGUUUCUUGACGUCUGGGAAGACGUUCCUGGGAAGGCUCUGGAAAACCCAGAGGAGAAGCUGCCCGUGAUAGUCUUCGUAUCCGGCGGCGCCUACAUCUUCGGCGGUAAGAACUCGAAUGAGCCCGUGCUGCCUUUUUACGACGGCACCGGCCUCGUUGCGCAGUCCGAGAACAGGAUGAUCUACGUCUCGAUGAACUACCGGCUUGGAGCGUACGGCUUCCUCGCCGGGACUACGAUGGAGAAGGAAGGCCUCCCGAACGCUGGUCUCUGGGAUCAGAGGGCCGCCUUCCAGUGGGUGCAGGACUACAUUCCCCUAUUCGGUGGAGAUCCGGCGCAGGUAACGGCGAUGGGCCAGUCCGCCGGGGGCGGGAGUCUGAUGCACCACCUCGUAGCCGAGGGUGGAACGCUCGACCCUCUCUUCUCGAGGGCCAUCUUGCUGUCUCCCGCGUUCGAGUACAUGUGGGAUCGGGCCGGUUCGGUUCAGCAGACGUUCGAAAAGUUUGCGAGGUUGGCUGGUUGUGAGGGCGAGGGACUCGCGUGCUUGCGGAAGGCUAACGAAUCCGCCCUCGCCGAGGCGAACACGCAGUUGAUGAAACAGCAGUUCUCGGGCACCUUCGCGGUCGGCCCGACGCCCGACGGCUCUUUUAUCCGACAGCUCCCCGUGCUCGAGCUGAGCACCGGCAAUUUCUGGGACAUCGAGUCGCUCAUCCUGUCACACACUACCGAAGAGUCAAACGUGUUCGUAAGCGGCCUCGUGCAGACAGACGACGAGUUCCGGACGUUCAUCAACGCUAUCUUCCCCAACUACACGCAGGUCGCUGGGGUGACGGACAAGAUCGAUGCCUUCUACCAGCCGAGCGACCCCGAGUCCGAGUCGCAGACGGACCGAGUCCAGGACCUGCUCCGCGAUAGCAGCUUCACGUGCAACAUACGCCACCUGACCGAGAGCGUCGGCGACUCGAAGGUGUGGAACAUGCAGUACGGCGUGACGCCGGGCCUGCACGGGACGGACCUGCUGCCGAUCUUCUUCAACUCGAAGCUCAACGGCGACAGCUUCCUGGAGAACCUGGCGAAGCUGAUGUCGCCGGGGAUCUCGCUGCUGGUGGCGGGGAUAAGCGGGGCGCUGCAGAGCUACCUCACGAGCUACGUGCUGACGGGUGACCCGAACGCGAACCGCAAGAUCCUGAACCUGCCGCCGACGGUGCGCUGGGACCACCCGAGCAGCGGCGACGAGAGGAUCUCGGGCGUGGUGAACCUCGGCAACUGGGGGUUCAGCACCGUCGAGGACAGCCAGAACGAGAAGACGCCCUGCGACUUCUGGAGGGACGUCGCGGCCGCCGUGACGAGCCUCGGCGGCUACUCGCCCCCCGGCGCGGUCGUGGAGCAGGGGCUGCUGGCUGAGGACGCGAAGUUCGAUCCGAGCGCGAACUACAAGGGAGGGAACGCCUAG